UUUCGUUACCUGCCACCCCUCCUUUGCUUCAUCAUCAACAUCAACAUCAACAUCGUCGUCUCAUCAUUGUCCUCGACUCCUCGUCGUCGGGGAGGGAUUGGAGGAGCGCCGUUCACUGCGGACUGAGUUGAGUUGAGCCACGUGCAUUGCCGAGGCCAUCAUGCAGCUCCGCCUCUCGCCGCCGGCGCGGGUGCCAUCGGGCUACCACCACAGACGUGCUCUCGUCGUCAAAGGUCCAUGCCGAUUCGGCGGCAAAGGAGAUGCCGCGCUUGUGGAUUCCACCGGCGCCCGCGUCGCUCUCCGGAUCGCGCAGGCCACCAGCGUAUCCAAUGCUAAAGGGUUAAAAACAAACCUUGUCAGAAACGAUAUUCAGAUUCUAGAGGGGACCGAGGAACCAUGUGAGCUCGACGACUACUGUGUGAUCCCCGGAACAGAGUUGGAGCAGCCAUUGGUCGACCAAGUGAGGAUGAUGCUGGGGUCGAUGAGUGAUGGCGAUAUCAGUGUGUCGGCAUACGACACCGCCUGGGUCGCCCUGGUGCCAAGGCUCGACAACGGCGGCAGCCCCCAGUUCCCUACCGCCUUGCGGUGGAUUCUCGACAACCAGCUCCUAGACGGCUCCUGGGGAGACGCUUCCCUGUUCUCCGCCUAUGACCGGAUCACCAACACCCUUGCCUGUGUCGUGGCUCUCACAAAGUGGUCUCUUGGCCCUGAUAAAUGCAGUAGAGGGCUCUCUUUUCUGGAGGAGAACAUGUGGAGGCUAGCGGAGGAAGACCCGGAGUCGAUGCCCAUCGGCUUCGAGAUUGCUUUCCCUUCCCUCCUGGAGGUGGCCAAGAGCUUGGGCAUUGAGUUCCCGUAUGAUCACCAUGCUCUGCAGAGCAUAUAUGCCAACAGAGAAGUGAAGCUCAAGAGGAUUCCGAUGGAGAUGAUGCACAGAAUUCCCACGACCAUCCUGCAUUCCCUUGAAGGAAUGCCCGGGGUGAACUGGAACAAGAUCCUCCGGCUCCAGUCUAGUGAUGGGUCCUUCCUCUAUUCUCCUUCAGCUACAGCCUAUGCUCUCAAGCAAACCGGCGACGCAAAAUGCUUCGAGUACAUCGAUAGAAUCGUCAAGAAAUUCAACGGAGGAGUUCCCAAUGUUUACCCCGUCGAUCUCUUUGAACACAUCUGGGUCGUCGAUCGACUGGAGCGUCUUGGAAUCGCCCGCCACUUCAAGCAAGAAAUUAAGCAGUGCUUGGACUAUGUCCACAGGCACUGGACUGAAGAGGGGAUUUGCUGGGCAAGGGACUCCACCGUAAGAGACGUGGAUGACACCGCCAUGGCCUUCCGGCUGCUGCGGCUGCAUGGAUACAACGUCUCCCCGAGUGUAUUUGACAACUUUGAGAAAGACGGGGAGUUCUUCUGUUUCGUGGGGCAAUCAACGCAAGCAGUCACUGGGAUGUACAACCUCAACAGGGCCUCUCAGCUAAGGUUCCCCGGGGAGGACGUGUUGCAGCGUGCAGGGAGAUUCUCGUAUGAGUUUCUUAGGGAAAGGGAAGCCCAGGGCACGGUUCGGGACAAAUGGAUCAUUGCUAAGGAUCUACCAGGCGAGGUAAAAUAUACACUGGACUUCCCAUGGUAUGCAAGCUUGCCGCGUGUAGAAGCAAGAGUCUACCUAGAUCAGUAUGGUGGUGACAAUGAUGUCUGGAUUGGAAAGACACUCUACAGGAUGCCACUUGUGAACAACAACACAUAUCUUGAUUUGGCAAAGCGUGAUUUCAAUCGCUGCCAAGUCCAACAUCAGCUUGAGUGGCAUGGCCUACAAAAGUGGUUUAUUGAGAAUGGCCUCGAGACUUUAGGGGUGGCUUUAAAAGAUGUUUUAAGAGCUUAUUUUCUAGCCGCCGCUUGCAUUUUUGAACCAAGCCGUGGCACGGAGCGACUUGCAUGGGCCAAGGUGUCAGUGCUGGCCAACAUUAUUACUAGAUACCUUCAUAGUGAUUUGUCGGGUAAUGAAAUGAUGGAACGCUUUAUGCAUGGCGGUCUCUAUGAAGGAAAUAGUAAUAUAUCAUGGCGUAAAGGAGAUGCAAAAGAGGACAUUCUUGUGGGGGCACUUGAGCAGCUUAUUGAUUUAUUGGCAGAAGAGGCGCUACCUGUUGGUGAAGGACCAAUUUACAUCAACAAUUUGUUACGCUGCGCUUGGAUUGAAUGGAUGAUGCAACUGAUAAAUAGAGAAGAUGACACGUACGAUUCAAGUGUUAUUCAAGCAGGGUCAUGCAUGGUUCACGAUAAACAAACAUGUUUGCUCCUAGUAAAAAUUAUUGAGAUUUGUGGUGGACGAACCGGUGAAGCAUCAUCGAUGAUAAACACCAUUGGUGGUGCUUGCUUUAUUCAACUUGCGUCCUCUAUUUGUGACAACCUUCACCACAAGAUGUUACUUUCUCAGGACACCGAAAAGGAUGAGGCGGCGAUGAGCCGCAUGGAAGAGAAAAUCGAGGCGAGCAUGCAGGAACUCACCCAGAACUUUCUCCGGACUCAUGAUGAUGGGACGAGCAGCGAGACGAAGCAGACCUUGAUGAGCGUCGUGAGAAGCAGUUACUUUGCUGCGUACUGCCCUCCCCACAUAUUCGAUAGACAUGUCUCGAAGGUUAUUUUUGAACAUGUGUUUUGAAAGAAAAAAGAAAUUACCGUGCAGUGGUAGGGAUGGGAUCUGUAUGUACAUAGAAAAGAAUGCUGCAAGGAAUACUAGUGAAAGGAAGGACCUAUAAGUUGAGUUGGUUGUUAGGUUGUUUGUGUUGCAGUUUGUUGUGUUUGGUUAUCUCUUCAUGGGGCGAUUUUUUUUAAUCAACAAGAUGCAACCCCAACUACAGGAUGCAACCCUAACUACGGGAUAU